UGCGAGGGAAACAUGGAUCCUCUUGGUGCAUGCAGGUCCGACACAACAAAGGUCACCAACAAGAAAGAAAGGAAGAAAGAAAGAAAGGAAGAAAGACUCCUAGCUCUUUUCCUCAUGAUGUUGCUGGGAGGCCAUCUGGACUUCAUCAAAGACUGCAAAUGAAGAGCCGGAGGCAGACGAGGCUGAAGAAAGGACCAUGAGGUGGUGAGAACAAGAGGCAGGACAAAAGAAGUCAUCACCCGGAAGUGGACUAUACGUCGUUACCACCAUGUUCUCACCUCUCGUCCUUCUCUUGAUCCUCCCCCUGUCCACGACCACCACCACCUCCUCGUCUUCCCCUCCUCCUCUCCUGUCGUUUUCUCCACCAGAAGGGGGUCUCACGCAUUUGGUGGUCAAUAACAAAUCCGGCGAGGUCUACCUGGGCGCCGUCAACUGGAUCUAUAAACUGUCCGGCAACCUGACCAAACUCCGAAGCCACGUGACCGGCCCUGUGACCGACAACCCUCGCUGCUACCCCCCGCCCGGCGUCCAGUCGUGUCCCUACGAGCUGGUGCAGACCCCCAAUACCAACAAACUGCUGCUGCUCGAUGACGCCCACAACCGCUUGAUCGCGUGCGGGAGUACCUCCCAGGGAAUUUGCCAGUUCCUUCGACUGGACGAUCUGUUCAAGCUGGGCGAGCCCCAUCACCGCAAGGAGCACUACCUAUCCAGCGUUGCCGAGGCCAGCACCAUGUCCGGGGUGGUCAUCUCUCCAGACGUCUUCGGCGCAGGCGGGAAACUCUUUGUCGGCACGCCCAUCGACGGGAAGUCGGAGUACUUUCCGACUCUGUCCAGCCGCAAGUUGAUGUCCAACGAGGAGAACGCGGACAUGUUCAGCUUCGUCUACCAGGACGAGUUCGUCUCCUCGCAGCUGAAGAUCCCGUCAGACACCCUCUCCAAGUUCCCGGCGUUUGACAUCUACUACAUCUACGGCUUCAGCAGUGAGCAGUUUGUCUACUACCUCACGUUGCAGCUGGACACCCAGCUCACUUCCCCCGACGCGGGCAGCGAGCAGUUCUUCACCUCAAAGAUCGUGCGGCUCUGCGUGGACGACCCCAAGUUCUACUCCUACAUCGAGUUCCCCAUCGGCUGCACCAAAGACGGAGUGGAGUAUCGCUUGAUCCAGGAUGCUUACUUGGCCCGACCGGGCUCCCGCUUGGCUCAGUCGCUUGGUAUUUCGCAGCGCGAUGAGGUUCUCUUCGCCGUGUUCGCCCAAGGCCAGAAGAACAGAGCCAAGCCACCCAAGGAGACGGCUUUGUGUCUGUUCACAAUGAAGCAGAUCAAGGAGAAGAUUAAAGAAAGGAUUCAGUCGUGCUACAGCGGAGUCGGGAUACUCUCCUUACCCUGGCUGCUCAACAAGGAACUGUCCUGCAUCAACUCGCCGUUGCGGAUUGACGAUAAUUUCUGCGGCCACGACUUCAACCAGCCUCUGGGGGGCACCACCACCAUCGAGGGCGUCCCGCUGUACGUGGACAAGGAGGACGGCAUGACCUCCGUGGCGGCCUACGACUACCGGGGACACACGGUGGCGUUCAUGGGCACUCGCGGCGGACGUAUGAAAAAGGUUCUGGUCACCUCCAGCAGCCAGCCUGCUCUGCUCUAUGAAAAUGUCCUGGUGAGCGACGGCAGCCCCGUCCUGAAAGACCUGCUCUUCAGCCCCGACCACCAGCACCUGUACACCCUCAGCGAUAAACAGGUCACACGGGUGCCGGUGGAGAGCUGCGAGCAGUACGCUUCCUGCGAGGCGUGCCUGGGGUCCGGGGACCCUCACUGUGGCUGGUGUGUGCUGCACAACAUAUGUUCUAGAAAGGACCACUGCGAGCGCGCCGAGGAGCCUCAGCGUUUCACCACCAGAGUGGAUCAGUGCGUCCGACUCUCCGUCCAACCCGACACCGUCUCGGUCACCAUGUCCGAAGUGCAGCUGGUGCUUCAGACCCAGAACGUGCCCAGUCUGUCGGCGGGAGUCAACUGUUCAUUCGGGGGCUACGUGGAAACCGAAGGACGCAUCUACGGCGGUCGGAUCUUCUGCUUGUCGCCCUCUGCUAAAGAAGUGGCGCCAAUCACGCACAACCAAGGCGACCAGCGUGUGAUUAAACUCCAUCUGAGGUCCAAGGAGACGGCCAAGACGUUUGCCAGCGUGGAUUUCAUCUUCUACAACUGCAGCGUGCACAGAUCGUGUCUGUCUUGCGUGGACGGCAAGUUCCCGUGUCACUGGUGCAAAUAUCGCCACAUGUGCACGCAGGACGCCAGCGACUGCUCCUUUCAGGAGGGACGCGUCAACACCUCACAGGAGUGUCCUCAAAUCCUGCCCUCCACUCAGAUCUAUAUCCCCGCCGGAGUUAUGAGGCCAAUCACGCUGCUGGCUCAGAACCUGCCUCAGCCGCAAUCCGGACAGAGGAACUACGAGUGCAUGUUUCACAUCCAAGGCAACACGCUCAGCGUCCCGGCCCUGAGGUUCAACAGCAGCAGCAUCCAGUGCCAGAAGAUCAUAUACGACUACGAGGGCGGCGACAUCAGCGACCUGCCAGUCGAUCUGUCCGUGGUGUGGAAUGGACACUUUGUCAUCGACAAUCCCUUCGACAUUCAAGCCCACUUGUACAAGUGCCGGGCACUGCGGGAUAGCUGCGGCAUGUGUCUGAAGGCCGACCCCAGGUUCGAGUGCGGCUGGUGCGUCCAGGACAGGAAGUGCUCCCUCAGACAGGAGUGUGCCGUCGGAGGAAAUUCUCACCCGAUGCUGCAGUUCAGCGACGUGGGCGGCUGGAUGCACGCUGCAUCUGGGAACAGCCGAUGCUCCCACCCCAAAAUCACCAAGUUGUUUCCAGACACCGGACCUCGCCAAGGAGGCACCAGGAUGACCAUCGUCGGAGAGAACCUGGGUCUGCACUUCAGGGACAUCCAGUCGGGUGUCAGGCUAGGCAAGGUGCCCUGCGUCCCCAUCGAGGAGGAGUACCUGAGUGCUGAGAGGAUAGUGUGUCAGCUGAAUGACGCCACAGGAUACAGGGUCCAAGAGGCUCAGGUGGAGGUGUGUGUGAGGGACUGCGUCAACGACUACAGAGCUCUGUCCCCCAGGCCCUUCACGUUUGUGACGCCGUUCUUCACUCGUAUCCAGCCUUCUCAGGGACCUAUUUCGGGGGGCACCCGCGUGACGAUCGAGGGGAGCUACCUCAACGCGGGCAGCUCCGUUUCCGUCAGCAUUGGGCCGCAACCCUGCCUCUUCAAAAAGAGGAACGCCCAUGAGAUUGUGUGCGUAACGCCAGCUGGCCUGGCACCAGGAAGCGCGCCCGUCCUGGUGGACAUAGACCACGCUGAGCUCAGAAACCCGGAGGUCAAGUUUAACUACACCGAGGACCCCACUGUGCUCAAGAUUGAACCCGACUGGAGCAUCGCCAGUGGUGGAACUCUGCUUACAGUGAGCGGAACCAACCUGGCAACCAUCAGAGAGCCAAAGAUCAGAGCCAAAUAUGGGCAGGCUGAGUCUUUUCAUAACUGCACAGUAUACAACAACUCAGUGAUGGUCUGCCUAGCUCCGUCCGUGGCCGAGUCCCAGCUGGGCUUUUCCGAAACCGGCACGGGUCCGGAUGAGAUCGGGUUUUACAUGGACAAUGUGAACGCUUUGGUCGUGGUCAACGAGACUUUCAGCUACUACCCCGACCCCGUGUUCGAACCGCUCAGCUCCAACGGGAUCCUGGAGCUCAAACCAACAUCUCCACUCAUACUCAAGGGUCGUAACCUGAUCCCGGCAGCCCCGGGUAACAGUCGCCUGAACUACACGGUGCUAAUUGGGGAGACACCCUGCAUCCUCACCCUGUCUGAGAGCCAGCUACUCUGUGAGUGGCCCAACCUCACAGGACAACAUAAAGUCACGAUCCGAGCCGGCGGGUUUGAGUACUCCCCCGGUACUCUCCACAUUUACUCGGAUAGCCUGCUGACUCUGCCUGCCAUCAUCGGGAUCGGAGGGGGCGGCGGGAUGCUCCUGUUGGUCAUCAUCGCCGUGCUGAUAGCUUAUAAGAGGAAAUCCAGAGAUGCGGAUCGCACCCUGAAGCGUCUUCAGCUACAGAUGGACAACCUGGAGUCCAGAGUGGCCCUGGAAUGUAAAGAAGCCUUUGCUGAACUCCAGACAGACAUCCACGAGCUCACCCAAGAACUGGACGGAGCCGGAAUUCCCUUCCUGGACUAUCGGACGUACGCGAUGAGGGUCCUAUUCCCGGGCAUUGAGGACCACCCUGUGCUCAAGGAGAUGGAGGUACGGGUGCAGGCAAAUGUGGAAAAAGCUCUGACGCUGUUUGGCCAGUUGCUGACAAAGAAGCACUUCCUGUUGACUUUCAUACGAACGCUGGAGGCGCAGAGGUCGUUUUCCAUGCGGGACCGAGGCAACGUGGCGUCUCUGAUCAUGACCGCCCUGCAGGGGGAGAUGGAGUACGCCACAGGAGUCCUGAAACAACUUCUGUCUGACCUGAUCGAAAGGAACUUGGAGAGUAAAAAUCAUCCCAAACUGCUUCUCAGGAGAACGGAGUCGGUUGCUGAGAAAAUGCUGACCAACUGGUUCACGUUCCUCUUGUAUAAGUUCCUCAAGGAGUGUGCCGGCGAGCCUCUUUUCAUGCUCCACUGUGCCAUCAAGCAGCAGAUGGAGAAAGGACCGAUAGACGCCAUCACCGGAGAGGCUCGCUAUUCUCUGAGCGAGGACAAGCUCAUCAGGCAGCAGAUUGACUACAAAACGCUGACGUUGCACUGUGUGAACCCCGAGAACGAGAACACCGCGGAGGUGACCGUGAAGUGUCUAAACUGUGACACCGUCACUCAGGUCAAGGAGAAACUCCUGGAUGCGGUCUACAAGGGCAGCCCCUACUCACUCAGGCCCAAAGCUUCUGACAUGGACUUGGAAUGGCGUCAAGGCAGAAUGGCUCGAAUUAUUCUGCAGGACGAAGACGUCACGACAAAGAUCGACAACGACUGGAAGAGACUCAACACACUGGCUCACUAUCAGGUUACAGAUGGCUCAGUGAUCGCUCUGGUGCCAAAGCAGAACUCUGCCUAUAACAUCUCCAAUUCAUCCACCUUCACCAAGAGCCUCAGUAGAUACGAGAGCAUGCUGAGAACAGCCAGCAGUCCCGACAGCCUUCGAUCGCGCACACCCAUGAUCACCCCUGACCUGGAGAGUGGGACUAAGUUGUGGCAUCUGGUGAAGAACCACGACCACUCGGACCAGCGGGAGGGCGAUCGGGGCAGCAAGAUGGUGUCUGAGAUCUACCUGACCAGACUCCUGGCUACAAAAGGCACACUGCAGAAGUUUGUGGACGACCUCUUUGAGACCAUCUUCAGCACGGCCCACAGAGGCAGCGCUCUGCCGCUGGCCAUCAAGUACAUGUUUGACUUCCUGGACGAGCAGGGCGACAAACACUCCAUCACAGACCACGACGUACGGCACACCUGGAAGAGCAACUGCCUCCCACUGAGGUUCUGGGUGAACGUGAUCAAGAACCCGCAGUUUGUCUUCGACAUCCAAAAGAACAGCAUCACGGACGCGUGCCUGUCCGUGAUCGCCCAGACCUUCAUGGACUCGUGCUCCACGUCUGAACACAAACUGGGGAAGGACUCACCGUCCAACAAACUCCUCUACGCUAAAGACAUCCCCAACUACAAGAACUGGGUGGAAAGGUACUACUCUGAUAUCUCGCGUAUGCCUGCCAUCAGCGACCAGGACAUGAGUGCCUACCUGGCGGAGCAGUCCCGCCUGCACCUCAGCCAGUUCAACAGCAUGUCUGCACUGCACGAGAUCUACUCCUACAUCAUCAAAUACAAAGACGAGAUCCUGUCGGCGUUGCAGAAAGACGAGCAAUCGCGGCGACAGAGGCUACGUGGCAAGCUGGAGCAGGUCAUCGACACCAUGGCGCUGACCAGCUGAGGGUUAAAGCGGUGGAAUGCUGGCCAACAACGCCUUCCUUCCCAGACGGUCAUCAACCGGACGAACAACAAAAAGUCAAUUUAGUCCGUUCAACGAAGAGACGGCAGAGGUGCGAUUGAAUGGCCGAAGUCCGCUUUUUUAUUUCAAACUGAGCUGCAAACCAAGCCCGGAUUGAACCAAAUUGAGCGAACGCGCAGUAGUCCGUGUUGACUCCAGUCCAGCAGAGGGCAGUGGUUUUUUUUCGGCUACAACCAGGACCUAAACCAGGGUGGAAGGAACCAGGAUACUUGAUCCCGUUUGGGGAUAUCCCUUUCCUGUUGCCAUUAUCAGGGUGGACACACGGAGGAGGAAGAACUGAUGACAAACUCCCAACCAUUUGGAACUUCCUGCUUACGGUUGAUUUGCCAUUUCCUUCCUUCCCCACCAUACUGCCUCCUCUCCUUAGCGCUGUGCCGCUCAUGUUACUGCUGAAUUUGCACAACAAAAGCUAAAUCAAAAGAGAGCAAAGGAUAUAUGAACACAUUUAUAAAUAUAUAAAUACGAGCCUCUGUUUGCGUUGAAAGAGAUGUUCUUUUUCUUUUAAUGUAUAAAAACGAUAGGUUUGACAGGAUUUGAUAUUUCCACGUAGAAAAUGUGAAAACUUCAAAAGAAAAGAAAAAAAGCAACACCAGCUAAAGUUGCGUGCCAUGUUUUACUUUGAAUGUUGUUUAGUGCAAAGAGACUUUUUCUUUUACUUCGAUGAAAUGUGUUAUAAAAAUGUUGUCAUGCUUAUUAGUGAGACUUUAAGGGGGGAGAAAAUAUGUGAAUGGGAAAACUGGACUCCAAAUUGCAGAAGGGUUCUAUGUUUAAUGCAGUACGCCGUGCUAGUCAACCCACAGUGAUGUUCUUCGACAGAAUCCACCCAUGGAUCCAUUUGAUUCACCAGCCCCUUUUACACAGAGAAGCUCAUCAGGUCUGCACUUUCACACACAAGACGAAUACAUUUCAUGGACACCACUUCAUGGACCCCAGUUCAUGGACCCCAGUUCAUGGACACCAGUUCAUGGACACCGGUUCAUGGAUACCACUUCAUGGAUGAAUACAUUUCAUGGACACCACUUCAUGGACCCCAGUUCAUGGACCCCAGUUCAUGGACACCAGUUCAUGGACCCCAGUUCAUGGAUACCACUUCAUUGAUGAAUACAUUUCAGGGACACCAGUUCAUGGACCCCAGUUCAUGGACCCCAGUUCAUGGACACCAGUUCAUGGACACCGGUUCAUGGACACCAGUUCAUGGACCCCAGUUCAUGGAUACCACUUCAUUGAUGAAUACAUUUCAUGGACACCAGUUCAUGGACCCCAGUUCAUGGAUACCACUUCAUUGAUGAAUACAUUUCAUGGACACCAGUUCAUGGACCCCAGUUCAUGGACCCCAGUUCAUGGACACCAGUUCAUGGACACCGGUUCAUGGAUACCACUUCAUGAAUGAAUACAUUUCAUGGACACCAGUUCAUGGACCCCAGUUCAUGGACCCCAGUUCAUGGACACCAGUUCAUGGACACCGGUUCAUGGAUACCACUUCAUGAAUGAAUACAUUUCAUGGACACCAGUUCAUGGACCCCAGUUUAUGGACCCCAGUUCAUGGACACCAGUUCAUGGACACCGGUUCAUGGAUACCACUUCAUGAAUGAAUACAUUUCAUGGACACCAGUUCAUGGACCCCAGUUCCUGGACCCCAGUUCAUGGACACCAGUUCAUGGACACCGGUUCAUGGACACCGGUUCAUGGAUGAAUACAUUUCAUGGACCCCAGUUCAUGGACCCCAGUUCAUGGACCCCAGUUCAUGGACACCAGUUCAUGGACACCACUUCAUGGACAACAACCCACGAUUGCUAGACUGUCUGAAUUAACGCAUACAAUUAAACACCGAAAAUUUUUAUAAACGCUAAUUAAUCAUGCAAAUUAGUCGGAGGAUUAAUCGCAGACGUUACAUGAAAAGUCACACACACUCUAGGUGUGGUGAAAUUUGUCCUCUGCAUUUGACCCAUCCCCUUGUUCACUGCCUGGGAGGUGAGGGGAGCCGUGAGCAGCAGCGGUGGCCGCGCCCGGAGUCAUUUUUUGGUGAUUUAACCCCCAAUUCCAAUCCUUGAUUUUGAGUGCCAAGCAGGGAGGUAACGGGUCCCAUUUUUAUAGUCUUUGGUAUAACUCGGCCGGGGUUUGAACUCACGACCUACCCAUCUCAGGGCGGACACUCUCACCACUAGGCCACUGAGUAGAUGACAAGUGUGCUCGCUAGCAAAUUUAACUUCAAAAUAAAACUGUUACAGUUUUAAGGCGCAUUCAAGUAUAAUAUGUUUGUAGAUUAUGACAACAAAAUCGCAUUUGUGUCACUUUGAUUAAUCAUGAAUUGAAUUGUAAUUAUUCAGAUGUGAAAUUAAUGGUUUGACAGCACUGCUUUCAACACAACAGGACCCCACUGUCACUAUUGACAUAGAAUAAGUUACUACCUCAUAAGUCGGAACACUUUGUGUCUACAUUCCGUAUCCGCGCCGUUUGUACAGAACAGCAACCCGGCUAAAAAAUAAAACACGGCUGUGUAAAAGGGGCUACUGACUCAGUCUAUAUCAGGGGUCACCAACGCAGUGCCCGCAGGCACCAGGUCGCCCGUAAGGACCAGAUGAGUAGCCCGCUGGCCUGUUCUAAAAAUAGCUCAAAUAGCAGCACUUACCAGUGAGCUGCCUCUAUUUUUAAAAUUGUAUUUAUUUACUAGCAAGCUGGUCUCGCUUUGCUCGACAUUUUUAAUUCUAAGAGAGACAAAACUCAAAUAGAAUUUGAAAAUCCAAGAAAAUAUUUUAAAGACUUGGUCUUCGCUUGUUUAAAUAAAUGCAUACAUUUUUUUACUUUGCUUUUUAUAACUUUCAGAAAGACAAUUUUAGAGAAAAAAUACAACCUUAAAAAUGAUUUUAGGAUUUUUAAACACAUAUACCUUUUUACCUUUUAAAUUCCUUCCUCUUCUUUCCUUACAAUUUAAAUC